AUGGCUGGUCUAAAUCACUUCAACCCCAAAGCUGGUUCAAAACCCUACCACUCUCUCUUCUCAAACGUCACUAUCGUCCCGCCAAAUACCUCACUUGCAUAUAUUUCUACACAAUGGGCUGCUGAUCCCUCGACUGGAGAACUGGUCGAGGGCGUGGAGGGCGAUUACUUCAAGCAAGCCCAGAUAAUCUACCAGAACAUAGUUGCCAUUCUCAAAGAACUCGGCGCCGAACUCAAGGACAUUGUCCAUCGGACUGUUUCAUUUUCGGAGUUCAACGACGACAUCGGUAAAGCCGUUGUAGAAGGAAUGAUGUCCUCCAUACCUGAUGAGUGGAAAGCCGAUGCUUUCGCUCCUUCUUUAGGUUUUAACGGACCGGCUAUCUUUCAUCGUCCUGGUAUGGUGUAUGCGGUUGAUAUCGUGGUUGCUGUGCCGAAUCGGAAGUGA